AUGAGGAUACAAAAAGUUGAAAAUGUGAAUAAAGCUUUAGAAUUUAUUAAACAUCGAGGUGUAUCAUUAACUAAUAUUGGUGCUGAAGAUAUUAUUGAUUGUAACCAUAAGCUUAUUCUGGGAAUGAUUUGGACUAUAAUUUUACGAUUCACAAUUGCAGAUAUUAGCCAAGAAGGUCUCACUGCAAAAGAAGGUCUUUUACUUUGGUGUCAAAGAAAAACUGCUCCUUAUUCUGAAGUUGACGUGCGUGAUUUUACUUAUAGUUGGCAGGAUGGUUUAGCAUUUUGUGCUUUAAUUCAUCGACAUCGACCGGAUCUUUUGGAUUAUGAUGCAUUGGAUAAGAGUGAUCGUCAUGGAAAUACUGCUUUGGCCUUUGAAGUUGCUUCAACUCAUCUUGACGUACCGCAAUUGUUGGAUGUGGAAGAUGUUUGUGAUAUUCAGAAACCUGAUGAAAGGUCUGUUAUGACAUACGUUGCUUUAUAUUUCCACGCAUUUUCUCAUCUUGAAACUGCUGGUAGAAGAGUUUCAAAAUUUGCAGAUGUUAUGAGAUCAGCGUGGGACAUGAGUCAUGAUUAUGAAAGACGCGUUAAACAGUUAAUGCAAAAUGUUUCAGAUAAGAAAUCCGAAUGGGAAAAUUCUAGAUUUGAUGGAAGUUAUUUAAAUGCCAAACAACAAGCUUCCGAAUUUGCUCAUUAUAAAAAUGGUGAAAAAAGAAAUUGGGUUGCUGAAAAAACUGAUAUUGAUACUUUACUUGGUAAUAUUCAAACUAAAUUAAAAACUUAUGAUUUACCACCUUAUCAUCCACGACCUGGAUUAACUUUGGCUGAUUUGGAUAAUGUUUGGCAAAGUUUAUUGGUUGCUGAAGCACAAAGAUAUAAAGCCAUUAAUUAUGAAAUAAGAGAGAUUAAAGAAAAUUUACGUAAAUCAUUUGCUCGUUCCGCCAAUGAAUUUCAAAAAAAUCUGGACUCCAUUUCACAUGCCUUGGCUAAAUUGGAUGGUGAAUUAGAUGUUCAACUUUCUAUUGUUCAAGAUCUUUCGGCGACUAAAUUGAAAUCGUUGGAAAAUUCACUCUCUCAGAUUGAAGAUCUUAAUCGACAAUGUUGUGAGGCGAAUAUUGAAGAAAAUGAUUAUACUAUUUUCUCGGUGGAUGAUUUAAGAUUUGAAUUAGGUCUAGUACAACAAUCAAUAACUAAAAAGACUUCAUUCAUAGAGAAUCAAAUCGUAUCAAGAAACAUGACUAACCUUACACCAGCCCAAUUGGAAGAAUUUGAAGGCACUUUCCGUCACUUUGAUACUGAUGGUUCAAAUACUCUUAAUAUCUAUGAGUUCAGAGCUGCUUUGGCUAGUCUUGGCAUUUUAUAUGAGGAUGAUGAAUUGGAGUCUGCGUUUUAUCAAGCAUCCGCAGGAGAACCAGAAGCAUCGUUUAAACAGUUUAUCUUUUACAUGAUUAAUGUGACCGAAGACAAAACAUCGAUAGAUCAACUUCGUCAAUCAUUCAAGAUUGUGGCAGGUGAUAAGUCUUUCGUGACUGAACUUGAUUUGAGAAGAUCUUUAUUGCCAGCAAAUGUCGUUUCAUAUUUACAAGAGACUAUGCCACCAAGUGUAAUUUCUGCAGAUGGAUAUGAUUUUUCGAAAUAUUUGGAUCAAGUCUUUGAGGAGUGA